AUGCAUCGGGUCGGUGCAAGGAACGCGCACCGCGCUCGGAACGAGGAUCGCACUGCCCGUCGUGGCAUCCGGCGGAUCGAGAAUUCUCGUCGCGUACGACGAAGCGGUUCUACUGGGCGAGUUCGCAAAGUUUGCUCCCGGUACGGGCAAAUUGCGAAAACGCUUCGCGACGGUCAGCACGGCGCGGAGAUACACAAGGACGUCGCCCUUGCCAACGACGGCACAGGCGAUCGCGACGUGGGGGUGAGAUCUUCCCUACGCAAAACGAUGGCGUGGGGUAGCAACGCCGAAGAGGGAGCUGGCCCCCGAAGCGGGAUAGGCAUAGCAUGGUCAGACGAGGACCCCGUGCGCCCGUUGCUGUUGGGGCAGACGGGACGCGGGACACGGCAGUCGAGGCUUCGAGCGUAG